UUAACUGGCUUCCCCCAGUUGGCGUAAAACAGGAACUGGCCAGAUAUGUUGAUCAAUUGGACUGAUCCCUCCCUCCCCAACCUGAAGACGGAGCCGUCUUAAAAGCAUUUUUGCAGGCGUGUUCGUAUUUUAAACUGAACAUUUAAUCCCAAAGGAAGAAGAUAAAUUGCUGAUGUACAGUUCCCCAACCAUGCACCUGCUGCCACCGCCCCGCCUAAAGGAGAUAAAUUGAUGUUGCGGAAUACAUUUGGAGGAAUAGGCACGGCUGGCCCCAGAAAGUUUCCAAGAAGGACACCGGUGCGCCAAGUUAGCGCUCCUUUCCUUAGCACGUCCCGCUCUGGGGGCCCCGAAGUCCCCGUCACUCCCCAACGAAUGAAUGCGCGACUCCUCUUCCAGACUGAAUGUGGGUCCCCCCGAUCGCCUCUCUAAGGAACCCCCCGUAUUCCUGCACAUCAUGGUGAGAUAUUUGCAGAGCAUCUCUUCGCAAUUCAGCUUCAUUUCGAUGGUGGAGCUUCCAUAAGAUUUGAAUAUCAUUAUCGCUGUUUUGCCAUUAUCACUGCAACUCCUACAACUCCUCACUUAUUUGGUUUAAGGCAAGAGACGUGACAACAAAGAAAUCCGCUUGAAAUUCAUGUUCGAUCAGACCACUAGCAUGGGCGAUGGAGUCGCCGAGGAAAGAAGCCACUUCUGUGAAUGUAAGACCAUUUGCUCGGACAGAGCGCAUGACAAUAGGAGUCACACCGAACUGGAGAGCCGAUGUUCCGAACAGGGACUCGGAAACCCCGCGGGGACUUCCGUGUCUACAGCGACAAAGUCCAAAGAGGAUGAGCACGACAAACUUUCUGGUGUUGACCCGGACUACUGCAGGAGGAUAUUAGUCAGAGAUGCCAAAGGCACUAUAAGAGAGAUUGUUCUUCCAAAGGGUCUGGAUCUGGACCGGCCUAAGAGAACUCGGACAUCAUUUACUGCUGAGCAACUGUACCGAUUGGAGGUGGAAUUCCAGCGCUGCCAGUACGUAGUUGGGCGGGAGCGCACAGAGCUGGCACGGCAGCUGAACCUCUCUGAGACCCAGGUAAAGGUAUGGUUCCAGAACCGACGGACAAAACAGAAAAAGGACCAGACAAAAGAUUCAGACAAGCACUCCUCCUCUUCCUCUGAGUCGCUAGCUACUUGUAACAUCCUGAGGCUUCUGGAGCAGGGGCGCCUAUUAUCGGUGCCUGUACCACCAAGUCCAUUGCUGACAACUGUAUCUAGCAACAUGGCUGCUUCCUCAAGCAAUGGCUCAGGUCUGGGUACACCUGACAGCACUUCCCCUGGAAUCAGCAGCACACCACCUGGUGGAAAUACAUUUGGGUUAGCCAUGCCUACACUUGGGCCCUCUUCCUCUCCACGGCUAGGAGCCCCCACGCUUUGCCUUGGAGGUCCCAUUUUGGGCAGCAUGCAUGAACUGCCAUCAAGUUACAGCAGUGGGUCAUCUGCCUUUGAGCCUUACACUCGGAUAGAGAGGAAAGACACAGAGUGCUGUGACAAAAAGAUAACCUUAUAGACUGCAUUUUUCUUGGACAGUAAAGGACUAGGUGUGUAUGCUCCUUCAACACCACCAAAGGGAGCAAAGGUGGAAAUUUGGGUUAGGUUAUCACCACAGUGAAUCUAAUAUCAUGUUAAAAUAAUAGCAUAAUGUGCCGAGAAUGUAGUACCUAAAAAGGAUUCAGCUUUGCAAUAAACAUAGCCUAAAUUAAGGUAGAUUACUUCUUCAAUAACAAUACCCAGAAAUCAUUUGAUGACCAACUCAACAAUGAGUAAUGGUUAUUAUUGGAUAGUGAAUAAGCAGAGUCUGUAAUCUGAGAUGUUAGCCCUGCAAUGGAAAAAGUUAAUUGUGAGACACAGAAAUUGCACUGUAAGCAAGAUGAGAAAUCCACAUAGUCUAUUAGCAUGAAGAACAGAAAACAAUGAAAAAAUGGUGAUUUAAUAUUGCACUUAACAUGGCAAUUAGUAGUGCUCUAAAAUCUGAAUAGGUUACAACUACAUUGAGCAUGCUAUGAUUUUGCGGUGGACAGCACAGCAGAUGCCUAAAGCUUAAAAUUAGAAUAACCUAAGACCAUAAUGAGCAUCUAAACUCUAUCUAGCCUAACAGCAUAAUGAAUAAAGCCUAUAAAAUGGUACAGCUCAGUAUCAUGAUGAAGAGAGCCUUAAAACAGACAUAAAGAGAUUUAGGCCAGGGUACGAUUAUCAAAAAAAAAAAAAAUUAACUUUGUAAUGGUCAAAAAGCCAUAAAUGAAAUGGAGUAACACAGUAUCGGUUGUUUUGUAAUAUUAAUAUAAAAUAUGCUUUAUUGACACAGUAUUGUUACUUUUUGAUAUAAUGGCAGAAACAUAACAAGUGACUGUUAUCAUGGAAGAGCUGUCUAGUGAACAGAAGCAGGCAGCCAAAAAGAGAAAUUCUGGAAACUGGAUACAAGAUACAACAACAUGUGGGUUAAAUCCUAACAUCUGUAUCAUUUAACACCAUUUUAAUAGUGUGCACAUUUAUUUAGUCACAAAGAAAACAACCUACAGCUCUGAGUCUAAUAGAAAAAUAGAUUAAGAACAUUGAGCAGCUUUCAACCAAUGAUAUACAGUAGCAUACAGGUAUAUACAGUAUUAUUUUCUAACAAAGUAUGUGCAGUAUGUGUUUUGUGCAAUUAGGACUACAUCAUGCAGGAAUAAUACAAUAGAAAGAUAGCAUGAAAAACAGAAACAAAUGUAGAGACAGAUACAUAGCAUGAGGAGAAGACAAAUGGAAAGAGAUCAACACAACAAGGAGCAGAACGCAAAGUGAAGAUACACCCAAAGCAAUAACAAAAGACAAACAACUUAAGGAGCAGAUAUCAAUGUUGACACCAACAGCAUAAGAAUGAGAAGUUCGUAUGAAAAUAAACCAAUAACAAGAAGAAACACUCAAUGAUAAGCUGUAACAUACAGUACAUGUGAUAUCAUUAUGACUGGAAGAAUAUUAUCAGAAGUGAAAAAAAUAAUCCUCUAGUGGGCAAAUGGAUAAACUUUUUAAAGUGUCAGCAUUGUGAUAUGAAUGUAAAAGUUUGAGCAUGAUAAAGAAAACCUAAUAUGGAGACAGACCAAUGCUAAGUUAAGCUAUAUACAAUAUACAGACAUAUUCCAUUCCAAGUAUAACUAGAUUUGGAGGGAGAGAGAGAGAAAGACAAACACUGUUUCGCAAAACCUGCUGCAGUGCAGGGAAUAACCAGUCCUAUGAUGAGCUAAACCAAAUAUGAAAAUACUGUAUAUCUACAGUACAUUAGGAGGAAUUCAUGACAAUGUGAAACAGGAUCUGAUAAGCAGAGAGUGACUGACAAUAAAAAGAAUAGACUCUAGUAACAAAACCUUUUAACACCAUAAGGUUGAGAAAAUUGUUGGAAAGUCCAG